GGGCACUUCCUGUGUCAUGGCGCUGCAGUGAGUUCUGUGAGUUCGUUGCUGAGAGACCACAGUUGUGUGGACCGUCUUUUCUAUUAGUUUAUUUUUGACGUUCUGAACUGCCGUCUCUUGUUCUGGCUGCAGCGUGCACAGAAGGAUCCCGGGAGACCUUCAAGCCACGCAAUGGAGGCAGUGACCUUGGAGGAUGUAACUGUGAACUUCACCAAGGAGGAGUGGGCUCUGCUGAAUUCAUCUCAGAAGAAGCUCUACAGAGAUGUGAUGUGGGAAACAUUUAGGAAUAUAAAUGCUAUAGGAAGUACUUGGGACAGCCAUCAAAUGGAAGAAUGCAGAAAUUGUUCAAGAAAGCUCAGGGGUAUUCACAGUAGAUGACUUCUGGAAAUAAGUCACAGUGUGUAAGCUCUGAAAUGAAAAGGAAGCAAUGUGGUAUGAACAUAAAACUUACAAUCAACAUAAAAACAUGUACCUUUGGCCUUCAGAUGUUAAUGAAGACAAGACAAAAUCCGCUUUAAAGCCAGCUGAAAGUUUCAUUUGUGGAGAGCCCAUGAUUGUUCAUUUAUCAUUGAAUAUGCCCAUCUUACCUCACCCUGGAGGAAAGCCACGUGAGUAUUUGGGAUUUGAAGACAAGCUGAAUAAAUGUAAUGAACAUGGAAAACCCUGCAGUAAUUUCCAGUGCUUUCAGAAGCAUACAAGGACAAAGAAUGGAGAGAAACCCUAUCAACAUGAGCAGUGCAUGAAAUCCUACUCUGAAUUUAGUGAAAGAACUCAUUUUGAAGAGAAGAUGGUUGUUGAUCAGGAAAAUGUGAAAGCUUCCAGCACCCCCACUGAUCUUCAAAUUGCUGAAAGAAUUCACGCUGGAAGGAAACCAUAUGAAAGCAAGCAAUAUGAAAAUUCCUUCAACGCUCAAAGGUAUAAAAUUCUUGAAAAGAUUCACAUGGAAGAGAAACAUUGUGUGUACAAGCAGUGUGGGAAGACAUUCACUACCCACAAAUCUUGUCAAGUACAUGAAAGAAAUCACAUGGGAAUGAAACCUUAUGUGUGCAAGCAAUGUGGAAAAACAUUCACUUCAAAGAGUUAUUCCAAGGUACAUGAAAGAAUUCACACAGGACUGAAACCUUAUGCAUGCAAGCACUGUGGAAAGGCAUUCAGUACACACAAUUAUUGUCAAAAACACGAAAGAAUUCACAGUGGGGUGAAACCUUAUGUGUGCAAGCACUGUGGAAAAGGAUUCACUACCAAGAGUUCUUGUAACAUACACGAAAGAUUUCAUACUGGGGAAAAACCUUAUGUAUGCAAGUACUGUGAAAAGGCAUUCACUACAUACAUUAGUUGGCAAAGUCAUGAAAGAACUCACACUCAGGAGAAAACUUAUAUGUGCAAACAGUGUGGGGAAGCAUUCCUUACACCCAGUAAGAGACAAACACACGAAAGAACUCACACUGUGGAGAAACCUUAUGCAUGCAAGCAGUGUGGAAAAGCAUUCACUAGAAAGGGUUAUUGCAAGAUACAUGAAAGAAUUCACACAGGACUGAAACCUUAUGCGUGUAAGCACUGUGGAAAGGCAUUCAGUACACACAAUUAUUGUCAAAAACACGAAAGACUUCACAGUGGGGUGAAACCUUAUGUGUGCAAACAAUGUGGGAAGGCAUUCUCUACUCGGAAUGAGUGUCAAGUACAUGGAAGAACUCACACUGGGGAAAAACCUUAUGAGUGCAAGCAGUGUGGGAAAGCAUUCACUACACACCACUCUUGUCAAAGACAUGAACUCACUCACACUGGGGUGAAACCUUAUGUGUGUAAGCAAUGUGGAAAAGGAUUCACUACCAGGAAUUCUUGUAACAUACAUGAAAGAUUUCAUACUGGGGAAAAACCUUAUGUAUGCAAGUACUGUGCAAAGGCAUUCAUUUCAAACAGUCAUUGUCAGCGUCAUGAAAGAAAUCACUCAGGAGAAGCCUAAUGUGUGCAAGCAGUGUGGGAAGGCACUACUUACAUGCAGUAAGAGGCAAACGAAUGAAUUCACACUGGAGAGAAACCUUGUGUGCAAGCAAUGCAGGAAGGCAUUCACUGAAAGGAUAGCUGUAAAAGACAUGAACGUACUCACACUAGAGUAAAAUCUUAUCUGUUAGAGCAAUAUGGAAAGACAUUUACUACACACACAUCUUGUCAAAUCUAUGAAAGAACUCACAGAUGGGAGCAUAUGCAUGUGAGCUGUUUCAGAAAAAGAUUUGCUAGUAGUUCUUCAAUUUAUAUACAUAACUCACUCUGAGGAGGAACCCUAUGUAUAUCAACAAUGUGGAGAAAGAAUUCAGUGAACACAUUUUUUAUCAGCUACAUGGAAGAAUUCACUGGAGACUGACCCUAUCUGUGUACACCUAUUUGGAAAAAAGGGUGAAAAUUCCUCCUGUAGUGAGACUUGUACACAUUGAAAAAUAAAAUUUGAUGUCAGUAUAUCUUCAUGGGCUUUACAGAAAAUACAUUGCUAGAUACACA